AUGGGUUGUUUGUUCCAGAUGAAUAUGAACUGUGAGGAUUUCUGCGAUUUCUCAACUGAGCGGCGCAGGUUCGGUUCCAGUUCGAAGAAGCCGCAAUUAACAGCGGAAACCCUGAUGAAAACAAGAUUUGACAGGGAACAUGUGUUAGGAGAAAGAUUACGAAGCAUUCGAGAAGAACAUUUAAGAGGAAAUCCGACAACUUUCGCGAUCCCGCGCGUGGAACAUCACUCUAAAACGGAUAUGAAGUUUGAUCAUAACACCGAGGACGGAAGGAAAACAUUUGCUGGAGUACUGUGUAAGAAGUUGAACCGACUGAAAGCCAGGCGCGAACGAAACGAUGAGACCGAAAGACAGCUAAGAGAUAUUGAAAGCAGGAAAUGUACAACUCGUGAGCUGAUUUCAACUUCUGAAGCUGCUCACGUUGCAACGUGCGACGACGACGAUGACGUCGAGUGUUACUUGGAACGAAUGCGAGAGGAUAGUCUGAAGACUUCAGCAAAUCGUUCUCCGUGCCACAAUGCUGUUUCACCUAGACCAUUUUCUCCCGAACAUGAUCGUAAAAAGAUCGAUUGUGGUACUGGUGAUGGUUCACUUGAGAUGAGAUCCAUGUUGAACUAUCCGCGUUCAGCAAAUCAGUUCGCUCCACCACCUUUGCCUUGUACUUUCAAUACUUCUGGUGUCUACUGCAAGGAAAUGAGGUCCGGAAAUCAAACAGCUCCGAUUUAUGAUUCUUCCGGUGUCGAAUCUAUGGCUCCAUCGGCUUUUUCGGAUACUUCUGGUGGUUCACGAAAAACGCCAUUGAUUGCACCAAUGCUGGAUACACCGAGACGAACGCGUCGAUCCGUUCCAUCUGGACAGUUGAUGACAAUAUCUUACAAAGGUGUGUGUGUGCGUCUUAAAUCUAAUUUACUGCUUAUUGGACAGCACUUUUCAGGUACUGACGGCGUACCUGUGGUAGCACAUGUGCCAGCUUCUGUGAGAGGAAUAACACUGAAGGAAUUUCGCAGGCAUUUCUCCAUUUCUUCCCACGCUAACGUCCAAUUCUUCUUCAAGUCGACUUGCGAGGAUGGAUCUGCUCCGUACCAACUUCUUUUGGUGAAUGAGGACUCUGCGUAUCUUCCUGUAUUCGAAGGGAAAAUCACAGCUGAGUUGAAGCGAAUAUCACCAGAAUAA